AUGGGGGGUACAAUUGAGCCUGGGGCACAAGUGGGGCAACGGUGGAAAGCUACAACCAAUCUCACAAUUACCAUCCCUUACGGAGCGGCCUGGGGUUACAACCAUAAGCACGCUCGCAUUCAACAGCAGCUACUCUGCGCUGGCCCACUCUCCUGCCAGCUGUCCUUCUCUCGUGCAUGCGCUCGUUUUUAUAAACGCGACACUCAAGUUUCAUUUGUCGUACGAUUUGUGGCGUUGGAGCCACUUGCACAACCGCGUCGGAGACUCGUCGCCCACCCCCAGCGUCACCACCCAGUCAUAUAUCAGCCAGAAAAGGACCGAAACGAGUACUCGUGGGGACUUGGCGGUAGAAAUUCCGUCGCAUCGACCUCGCAGCUUUCUGGCAGGACUGUUGGCAUGUGUCAGCCUUGA